AGAUCUCUGAUUAAUGAGCGCACUAUGGUGUAUUUUGUGUAUUUAUUAUCAGUAAGAAGAUUAAUUUUUCGAUUAUUGUGAUAAUUAUUAUAAAAUAACAAAUUAUGUAAAGCUACGCCUCACUUUUUUAAUUAUAUUUAUUGAUCAAUUUAAAAUAAAUUAAAUUUAAUAAAAAAUGAUAAAAAUAAAUUAAUAAAUUGACACAAUGGCUGAAAAUGUCCCAAUUCUAGAAGGAUUUUUAUGUCCAGUAUGUAUGACAGAUUUCAAAAAACCAUGUCAAUUAACAAAACAUUUUGAAGAAGAUCAUAAUGAUGAUCCGGAAAUAUUAAAAUCGCUCAAAGAUCUUUUUGGAAAAGCCAAGAAGAAAAUUCUUAAACAAGAUGAAAUUCCCAACAAUUUUUCUCAAAACCUGCCAAUUCGAGAAAAACAGCAGAGUCCGGAGAUUAAUUGGGGUCCUCAAGAUAUUGGAGCUACUAAAUCUUACACAGUUUACUUUCGAGAUAUUAGGAAUGCCAAACUAGAAAGAUACUCAACGGAAACAAACAAACUUUUAAUAAGAUUAGACAAAUUGUUGUUGAAUUUGCCGUCAGAUCCAGUUGACCGGAAAAUUCACGAAAGGAAUAUUGUACAUUGGAUUGACGACAAGGAUGUUAAAUUAUGUCCAAACUGUGCACGUAGUUUUCAUUUAGCUAGACGAAAACAUCACUGCCGUUUAUGUGGUGCUGUAAUGUGUCAUGAUUGUACUGAAUUUCUAUCUCUUAUUGAUGCCCGUAAAAUGACCAGCCCGAUAUCAGUAGAUGAUUCAGCAGUGUCUCCAACUUCAUCAGAGUCUCCAUUGGCAGAUAGAAUCAUCCGAGCAGGAAUAGGACUUUCAAAACUAGCACGUUCUCCCUCAAGUGGAAGUCUCAACAGUGUUUUAUCACUUGUGAAUGAUCGAGCAGGUGGUGAACAGUAUUUCCGAUUAUGUUUCCACUGUAAAAAUCUUUUAGAUGCGCGUGAAAAGUUGAAAGUAAGACACCUUAGCAAACCAAUUAUUUCAAAAUUCUAUGAAACGAUGAGAACUUACAUGGAAGAAGCGAUGCGUUUUAUGACAAUGUACAACAAAAUGUGGGAAUCAUUGUCUAAAGGAGAAAUGACGUAUGAUUUACGCGAUGCACAAAUAUUGAGGAUUAAAAUCGCUAAAGUUGGAGAAAAUGUUGAUAAUAUAAGUAAAAAAAUUCUCGCGAUCGGAACGACAGAUAUUGACAAUCCUCCUCAAGGUCAAGCUCUGAAACUUCAUCAGAUGAUUCGUGCCUCAGCUAUGAUAUUUCUUAAGGAACAAUUGUUGACUAUUCCUUCGCUGCCGUCAGAAGAAGAGUACCUUGCUUUGCAAGAAAGUCGCCGGCAGAAAAUAGAAGAAAGGAUUGCUUAUGAAAGGCAAUUAGAAAUUGAGGAAACUCUUAAAGAAAGACGCAGAGAUUAUAAAGUAGAUCAUAAAAACUCACAAAACAUUACACCAGUUAAAAAUAAUGAGGCUUUAAUGGAGACAUCUCAAGGCUGGACACCCUCUGGAGCUGUAGCUAUACUUCCUUCGGCCUCGAUUGACCCAAUUAUCGAACAAAUGAGUAAUUUACGAUCGUAUAUAAAACAAGCUAAAGCAGAAUGUAAAUUUGAUGAAGUAGCUACGUUGGAAAGUAAUUUACGGGAACUUCAAAGCGCUUAUUUUGCUAUGAAACAAAGCAAUGAUGGUUAAAAAUAUAUUUAUUUUUAAUUGUGCAUAUUCAGAUUUAUAUUUUAGUUUUAAUAUACAGUAAAUUCUCAAUAAAGUUACCACUGUUUUAACUUUUCCUAAGUCAUUUAGAUUAAAAAAGAAACAACUCUCUAACUUUAUUAAGAAUUUCAUACUGAUAAUAUAACUGAAAAAUUAUUCACAGGUAA